UUACGAAUGUUGUUGGCGAACCAGUUGGCUUACAUUGGCUGCAUCGCGCGCGCGUACCUCCAUUCUUACUAUAUUUAUCAGUGACUGUAUAGUUAUUUGCGUAUGCCAUAAAUAAAAUUUAAGUUGAUUUUAAUCCGGAUUAAUUAAUCAUGCCUGAUCAGGAGGUGGAAUGGGAGACUGCACUGGUGCCAAUAAAGGACUGGCUCAGCAAACAACCACAUUUGCCGAACGAUGUUGAGGAUAUCCUGCUACGCCGGUUCUACCUGAGCUGCGACCAGAGCCUGGAGCGGGUCAAGAAGACCAUCGACUUAUUUUUCACCAUCCGGUCCACGACGCCCGAGCUCUUCCUCAAACGGGACCCCUGGGCGCCUGAGAUCAGACGGGUUUUUGAGAUCGCGGACAUGUGCCCGCUACCACACAAGACUAAGGAAAACUACCGCGUGUUCAUCUACGGGCUCAACAACCCGGACUACGACCUGUUUAACUUCGUGGACGCUGUGAAGACGUUCUUCAUGCUCGCCGACACGCGGCUCACGGAGGAGGACGACAUCCCUUCAGGAGAAAUACCCAUAUUUGACACCACCAACAUCACGCUCAAGUUCAUUGGCAAAAUCAAUCUGGCCAUCUUGCGGAAGUACAUGCUUUACACACAGGAAGCGAUACCGAUCCGACUGAAACAAGUGCACAUAAUCAACGCGCCCGCAUACAUUGGCAAGAUAUUUGCUCUUUGCAAGCCCUUCCUCAACGCUGAUGUUGCUAAAUUGAUAAGAUUCCACGAGCCGGGUUCGGACACGCUAUACAAGGACGUGCCGCGGGAGCUGCUGCCCAACGAGUACGGCGGCAAAGCGGGCUCCGUUGAACAGAUCAAGCGCUACUGGAUGAAGAGGGUUGAAGCUAAGAGGAACUGGUUCCUAGCCAACGACAAGAACUGGGCGGUCGACGAAGCUCUUCGACCAGCGGCUAACAACGACGAGAAGACCAGGCGAAUAAAGGACCUGCCUGGAUCUUUCCGCUCUCUUGCUUUCGAUUAGUUUUAAAACUUUUCCAAUUGGAACCUACUGGUGUAAAAAUUGUUAACUGGUAAUACUUGAACAGAAUUUUUAUAUAUCUACAUAGGAGUAGGACCUACUUAAGUUUACGCGAACGAAGUCGCGGGCAUCGGCUAACCACAAACAUGUUUUCAAAAAACAUUCAAAAUUCUAUUCGAAAAUGUUUUCGAAAAACAUUCGAAAUUCAAUUAAUAACCAUACCUACUUGGUUUCGUUUGCCAUUUGGUUGCUCAAAAUUGUUAGCGUCCACUGUGAUUUUUGCCUCUACCAACUUGUGGUAUACUCUGCUCCGCGGAUAGUUGUAAGUUGUGCCGUCAUAUACUUAAAUAAAAAAAAUCUGACGUUGCGCUCAAGACUCAACUAUGUAUCUACCCCAAGGAACAUUUAUACUCUAGGGAUCUACCCGCAUGCUGAUAAAUUAGUAGAAUGUGUUUUGAAAAAACAUUUUUAGGGCAGAUGGGUAGGUCUUCUAGCACAAGUAAAGGAAUAAAUUCGAAAACCGUGAAUUUGUGAUGAUUACAUCAUUAAAAUUAUUAUUGAUGUAUCGUGCAAGAUGUCGGAAAAAUUACCCGAGUACGGAACCCUCCGUGCACGAGUCCGACUCGCACUUGGCUGUUUUUUCAAAUCUGGUAUAGGCGUAUAGGAACGAAUGUUCUACCUACUACAUACUUUGUAGUCGAAUAGGUUGGUCUAAAAUCAUUGUCAAAUAGUAAAUCACUAAAAUAUUUUUAAGUGUUUGUAUUUUGUAAUAAAAAUUUUGUCUUAAUAAUUUUAAGUAGUAACUUAAUUUAAUUUUAAGUUCGAUUUUUUAUAUGAAAAAGAAAAAUUGAAAAAAAACUAUGGCUUGUAUGAUUUUAUUUAGAUUAUAAUAUUAACAAUAAAUAAUUUGUAGAUGUCUUUAUUGUGUGCGUAAAUAAAAAUGCCACGUAUUUUCA